UGUGAAGAGCGGAGAACGCUGUGACCCACUGUGAAUUGUGAAAUUGUGAAUGUGUAUGAGGUGUAUGAGCCGCACGCGCACGAGUACCACAAGCGUCGUAGUCGUCAUGAAAGUAGAAGGAAUUUGUGGUUUCUGCUUUAUUGAGGUUUUAUGAGCAAAGUGAUGCUGAAGUCUCUUGAAUGAUGUUCUCUGUGCGUCUUGUUUUGGCUGAUCAUUAUAUGAGUCCUCCCAUCCAUGAACUGGAUGUGAGUUAUUCAGAAUUUCGUGGAACGGAAGUUGAACAAGUCCCAGUAAUUAGGAUAUUUGGAUCAACUGUUACAGGAAAGAAAACAUGCUUGCACGUCCAUGGAGUUUUUCCAUACAUGUACAUUCCAUUUGAAGGAUCUGGAGCACAUGACAGACUCAUGUAUCAGAUAGCAUCCAGCUUGGAUAAGGCCCUAAAUAUAUCACUGGGAAAAGCAAAUGCUACAGUGCAACAUGUUUUCAAAAUGACCCUUGUAUCUGGACUGCCAUUUUAUGGAUUCCACACUAAAGAGCACCAGUACUUCAAAAUCUAUUUUUAUAACCCACUUAUGGUCAAGAAGGCUGCUGAGUUGUUACAGAGUGGUGCAAUCCUGAACAAGAUAUACCAACCACAUGAAGCCCAUCUUCCUUAUAUCCUUCAGUUCAUGAUAGACUAUAAUUUGUAUGGAAUGAACCAUGUUAAUCUCAAAAAUGUAAAAUUCAGGAGGGACCCAGAAAACCCAGGAAGUUUUGAAUGCCUUUCUGAGGAAAUUCUGCUACCAGAGAGAGUCAGCAGGCUCAGUACAUGUGAAACUGAAGCAGAUGCUAUGGCAGCUGACAUCAUCAACAGGACUGCAGUUUCAGAUCAACUGGCACUAAAUCCUGGACUGGCAGCAAUCUGGGAGGAUGAGAAACAGCGACGAAGAGAAGGAGGAAGAACAUCACAAAUAACCCCUCAGUCUUCUCGGGAACGACCAUUUGCUGCUUCUACUGACAGUGCACUCUUCUUUAAACAGAAAUUGCAUGAGAAGUUACUCCUGUUGAACUCACAGCUUUCUAAUAAUUCUUCGACUUUGCUGGAUACUCCAGAGGUUACAAAAACGCCAUAUCCUGCUGAAACGUCAGAGGACUCGGAACUGCUUGAAGCAUCAUUUGUAGACUUACAUAUUCAGUCAUCUGGAUCUAGUCCUUUUAUUAGAAGUGGACAGAUGGAACAAGAUGAUAAUGCCUCAUUUGUUGAUGAAGAUUUGGUAUUGAGUUUACUAUCAAGUCAGAGACGAGCAACUCACAAUUCUGUUUGGAUGGAUUCCCAAGAUGAAGAGCUUACCGCAGUUCUUCACAAUCUCGAGAACAUUGCUGAUAUUGAUGAAGAUAGUAUCUUGGGGUCUCAGAUAUGCCAAGAAUUACAAGAUGAGGAAAUACAUGGCUGUGAUGAUGAAGAUAUGCAAGACUUCAGUGAACCCCUAGAUGCAGUACUGGAUUGUUACACAGAUGAUUACCAUCAGAAAGAAAAUGUAAAAAGAUCCCUAUCCCUUGCAACUGAACAAAAUAUGGUGUAUAAUGAAGAAAACUGUCAGCUAGACAUAUCACAUAAGUUGAAUAUCAGCAGAUCUGAAUCUAGUAAGUCUUUGGAAAGUGACAACACAUCAGUUAAAAGCAUGUGUAGUUGCCCAAUAAGAAGUGAGGCCCGGAAGGAUGAUGGAAGUCAGCUGUGUGCAUGUCCCCAGAGAAGGCAUGGUGCUUGCAAUAGGGGUGUGAAUGUGCCUACAUUACAUUGUGCUGAAAACAUGGAGCAGUUACUGGCUGAAUCGUCAGGUGGUACAGUUUCAAAAACAGUCAGAAAACAACCCAAGUCUCCAUUCUUGGGAAGCCAUAUUGAAAAUGGAUUGUAUUUGAGCACACAGGAGAAUGACUGUAAAAACAUAUCACAAGGUUCUGUCAAAGUGUAUGCUAAUGGAGAGAGAACCAGUAGAAACAGUGCUUCAGUCAUCGUAGACUUUCCAGAAAGGAAAAGGAUUGUGAAACAGAGAAAGAUCCUUGAUAUGUUCGUUGCCGAGGAUGACAUGAGCUCUAAGGCUUUAUCUCCAAGGAUGACUGUUAAAGAAGGAAGCUUUUUAUGUGAGGGUCUGACAGAACAAAAGUUACAUAAUAGUAAUAGCCUAUAUAUUACACAAAUGCCUGAAAUCAAUUCAUAUGAGAGAAAUGAAACCCUAAAAACCAGUAGUUUAGAUAGUGAUUCAGAUGGUGUUAGAAGCAGACACACUGAGAAAGUAGAGCAGCAUACAGAAGACUGGUGCAAUUUCAAUGAUGAGGAGGAGCUUGAAGAAGGUAUUUUAAGUUAUUACAAUGAAACCAUAUCGUAUAGUGCAACAGCCUCUGCUGAGUUUGAGGAAUUUAUGGUAAAACCUCCUGUGCCUGCUAAUAAUUCCAGCAAACAUGAAAUGAAUUUGGAGUGUGCGUUGUUCAUGCGUAUGGAACAAAACAGUUUAGGUAAUGUAGCCGAAACACACAAUGUUAUAAAUCAGACCCCACUGACUGAACAUUUAUGCAGGAAUGAAAGUCACUUCAGGAUUGUAACAACAGCUCAUAAGAACUUUAGAGUAUACAUUCCAAGGUUUAACCCUCCUUCAAAAAAUGAGAUUUUGGCAAGUUUAUCAGAAUUUUGUAUUCCAGAGUAUCGACACCAAGAGCCCUUUGUUGGUAAUGUCUUGGAUAUUGGGAACAAAAUAGAAGUUGGAAGUAAAGUAUUGAAGAUCUGUAGCAUGUCAGUUUGUGAUUUGCAACCCUUUGCUGGAAGUUUACAAGACAUUUUGGACAUUGAAACCUGGAGAAGAAAAUUGUUACAGGAAUUAAGUUAUACAUCUCAGGGGAGUUUAGAUCAAAGUAGUGACUUUGGCCUGGAUAACAUGAAACCUGCUUUGGCCAGUAACAGAGAAGUUGUUAUUACACCAUGUAAGCUGCCACCUAGUAUAACUGAAGUAAAUCUGUGGCCUAAAGCAGCACAAAAGUCAAAUGUACAGGAACUUCAAGGAAAUGAUGUAGGUGAUGAUGUUAGCAGUAGGAGGAUAAUGAUGCCAUUAAGUCCAGGGCAAGAAUCAGGCUCAGAUGAUAUGUCUUUUCUUCCUGUAACUCCUGGAAGUCUUAGAUCUGAACAAAAUGGGAGAGGCAAUGUAACCACAACACACAGCACUCCACAGGUCACAUUGGCCUCAGCUUACCUGCCCAGCCCUUCUUGUACACCUAUCCAUAACUCUAGUCAAAACAGAACAAAGAUGUUACUGAAACGCUCAAGAAAAGGGUUGAAAUUUGACCCCCAAACUCAAGAAAAUGUAUCUUUCAUGUUGCCAUCCAUAAGAGAAGAACCAGAAGAAGCAGCAGUAGACACUAUUUUGAAAUGUGGAGCAGCCAAGGAGAACCCAAUAUCCAGUGACAGUUCAGAACUUCCUCAUUUUUAUGAUAAUAGUGGACCAUACAAGCAUCAAGAUAGUGAUGGCAGAAGUGAAGUCAUCAGAUCAGUAGAACAAGUUCAGCCUGAAAAUGCAAUUGACCUCAUCUCCAGCUCACAGGGUACAGUUGAGGCUGAACCUGUUCGCAAACUACUACUCCACCAUCAGCUCCAUCCUGUGACAACCACUCAGAGAGCUGUGGAAGGAGUGAACUCAAGCUGUCAAAUAGAAGAAAGCACACCAAACAAUACAUAUGGUUUCCAGGUGUCACUUCAGAACCUGCAUGAGGUCAAAGCCAUUUGUGAGUACCAAUUUCUGACUAUGUUCAUCAUGGAGCUGCAUAUUCAUACUCGUGGAGACCUCAAACCAGAUCCAUCUUACGACCCAAUCAGAGCCUUGUUCUAUAUGGUAGUGAAUGAUAUUCCUGAAGAUGCAGGUCUUUCAAAACACGAGUUAGCUGUAAUUGUGGUGUAUACUUUGGAUGGAGAUGUUAAGAUCCCUCUACUCAAUAUGAAUGAAAACUGUAAAGUCACUUAUGUGGAAGAUGAAGCAUCUCUGGUCCAUGAACUAGUGAAGUGUGUAAAGAAGUGGGACCCAGACAUUUUAGGUGGUUAUGAGGUGGAGAUGUUAUCAUGGGGUUACCUCUUUCAGCGGGCUUAUACUCUUCAAAUCAAUCUGGGUCCUUUGGUAUCAAGAGUGCCCACUGCAAGUCAUCAACAUACUGGAAAUGAAAGUGCAACCUCUAAUUUUCACGAAGAAAUCAGACUGACAGGACGGAUUAUGCUGAAUAUCUGGAGGCUGAUGAGACAUGAGGUAGCUCUGCAGAGUUACACGUUUGAGAAUGUGGUGUUUCAUGUACUGCAUCAGAGGAUCCCUCUUCACUCUUUUAAACACUUAACAAACUGUUGGGAACAUAGAAUGCACCUCUACAGGUCAGUGAAUUUGUGAUGAUCUGUUUUUGGUGGGUCUUCUUGUUAUAAAGCCAUUUGCACUCCAUUCUCAGUUUCCACCAUGUUUCCUCUUAUACUUAAAGGUGGAAUACUUGUACAUAUUAGCCAAGUAAUGUCUGCUGCUGAAGGUUAUGCAAAUAUUACUGUAGUUUCAUAGAAGUAUGAAUAGUGCCCUGAGAACAGAGGCCUACAUGCAGAAAAGCAAAGCCUGGCAGUCAGUAUUAUGUUUGUCCUGGCAUCUCUUGACAGAAAUUUGAACUACAUACAAUAAAGGAACCAGCCCUUUGUUGUCUGCAAUGAUGGAUUGUAGUAGGCAUAACAACCUUCCUGGUUGGUACAUUCAGUAGGUACAUUAGCAGGAAAAUGUAUAAAAUACUUUGUGUUUCGUAUCCAGCUCCCAGUAAAGAUUUAUGAUAAUUAAUUUCUUACUUGAAAAAAUUAAAUUUAAUAAAAUUGUUAAUUUAGGUAAUUGUAAUUUUGCUGCUUGGUCCUCAUAGUAUUGGUGACUAAUAAUGGAAGCAUGGAACAGCAUGCUCUCAGAAAACAAGAGGUUAACAGUAGGCUGUUUUUAUUCAAACAGUUGAUGACUUGCAGGAAAGAUGUGCACUAGGUAGGCAUGUGUGAGAAUGACUUUUACAGUUCAUGAUGAGAAUUUGGAGGAGUUUCAGUAA